AUGACCAUUCGUGCGAAAUUCUACAUGCCCUAUGAAGGGAAUCCUUCCUGCCAUGGGAAGAUAAUUAUGUCCUGGCCGGGGCCUGACAACCCAAAUUAUGAGAAAUGCCGGAUCGCCCGUAUAAAGAACGAACUGAUCGCAAUCGCGAAAGCAAUUUGUCAUUUUCAGACUGUAAUUCUCCUGGUGCAUUCCACGGAGGUUCCCGAAGCGGAACGAGCAUUCCAACACUCUGGCAGAUAUGGUGUCGAAAUACAACCUACUGACGUGAGUGACUUGGAAUUUUGGAUGCGCGACGUAGCGCCGACAUUUGUGAUCAGUGAAGGGACGUCACGGUCCAUUCUGCACGGGGUCGACUUCCACUUUAAUGGCUGGGGUGGACGAUAUCCCUCAAGUAACAAUACAAUUCUCGCGAAGGACUUCCUCGCUGACAGAGGAAUCCCCCACGUAGAGACUUCAGUCGUCCUAGAAGGCGGCGCGUUGGAAACGGACGGAGAAGGAACCUUACUGGCGACCGAGAGCUCCAUCUUUAACCCUAAUCGCAAUCCUAGUGUUAGUCGAGUGACGAUCGAGAAAGAGCUUUGCAGGCUUUUGGGCGUAUCCAAAAUUAUUUGGCUACCUGGGCUGAAUGAUUACGAGGUGACCGAUGGACAUAUUGAUAUCUGGGCCCGCUUUGUGGCUCCUGGUAAAAUCGUCCUCAAUAAGCCCUCUUCAGAUAAUGAAGUUUUAAGAGCGGUCUAUGAUACAAAUAAGCGUAUCUUAAGCCAGGCAACAGAUGCGAAAGGAAGACGCUUUGGACUUUUCGACAUCCAUGAAGCGCGUUUAGAUGGGCCUAUUCCCUCGGAUGCGGACUUGUGUCUGAGUUAUGUGAACUACGUGCUCGUAAAUGGUGCGGUUAUUGCUCCACGAUUUGGAGAUGAAAAGGCCGACAACUUGGCUAUACAAACACUUCGAAGGUUGUUUCCAAACCGAGAGGUGGUCCAGGUGUAUCUUAAAGAAAUCGUGCUGAAUGGCGGCGGCAUCCACUGUGUGACGCAACAGAUCCCUAUUCCAUAG